AUGGCGGGCAUCCUCGCAGAGGAACGAGCUCUGUCGACCCCGCUGGGAGCGUUUUGCUCUCUCGAACUCGUGCGGGAGGCAGCGAGGAGCAUUGCAGCAAUCCUGACCAAGCAGGCGAGUGAUAACAGUUAUGACUACUUAUCUGUGGAAGAGAAGGAGUGUUUGAUGUUCUUAGAAGAGACUAUUGGCUCCCUGGAUGCAGAAGCAGACAGCGGGGUCUCUACCGAUGAGACCGACCACGUGGAGCCCUCCAAGCUGCCCAGGACGUGGCCUAAGAGAGACGCCGUUCCCCAGGUGCUCCCAAGCCCAGGCUAUUACAGUCUUCCAAGGAACAUCACUGUAGCAAACGCACAAAGAGCGAAUGGAGCUUCUGACAGCAAAGCGACUGUCUACGUGGUGGAGGACCCAGUGCCAGUAGAUAAAUCUUCACAUGAGAUAGCCAAGGAGUACGGGCUUGACCAAGCCAACGCAAGAAGCCAGAUGAAGUCCCUGGAGUCUUUGAUUAUCCAACCUCCAGAUCCCUUCCAGGAUGACCUGGUGAGCCAUGAGUGGUCACGGAGCAAUUGCUCAGAUGCCAAGAGGGAAACAGCCAAGGAGACCAAGACUUGGACUUCAUGGGGCCAGCCAGAGAAAUCCGUGUUGGAAGAGGCCCCUCAGGACCCAGAUGCCAAGCGUGGGCCUCCAACUGCCCCCAAGCCACGGAAAUUGCCACCAAAUAUUAUCCUGAAAACCAGCAAAAACAGCCCAGUGCCCCUAGCAAUGGAGCCUGGCCAGAAGGUAAAAGCACCACUGCCACCCUCGGCUGGCUCUCAGCCUGGCUCUGCCAGCAACGCUGCUGCUGAAAAGGCGAAUUCGGGGCAUCUCGACCCCAAGGAGAGGGAGAAAGCCCGGCGGGAGGCGUUGGAGAAGCUUGGACUCUCACAGGACAAGAGGGAGCCCAGCACCCACCUUCAACCUACCAUGCAACCCCAACCAAGGGAGAUGCCAUUCCAUGUCACCGGAGAGCCCGAGGUACGCCGUGGGGCAGCAGAGAGGUCGGUGCCGGGUAUCCGGCAGAUGAACUUCAAAUCCAACACCCUGGAGCGCUCCGGCGUGGGGCUGAGCAGCUACAUGGCCAACGCCAAGGAGCAGAGCGUCAAGACCAGCAGCUCCCUGGGCAAGAUGUCCUUCAUCGAGCGGCUCGCCCCGAGCUUCCUCAGGAGCAACCGCCCCCGGCCGACAUCCCUCGUAGCAGGGAAGGACUUUGCUGCUCUGAAGGAGCCCGGGCAGGUGGAGCCGGAGAAGAGCAGCAAGCGGCGAUCCCACCCGCUACAGAGCUUCCCCAAACCGUCCCGCUCCAGUGUCAGCGUGAAGAUUUCCCCCAAGGGGGCGACAGAUGAGAACCGUCGGGAGGCACUGAAGAAGCUGGGUCUGCUGAAGGAAUAG